GAGAAAAAAGACGUUUUAUUUAUUAUCGUCUCUGUUCCCUCUCCUCUAUGAUGCUUCGCAAAUACAACUUGUAAUGAUAUUCAAAGCUUUUGCACAUUUAGGAUAUGUUAAGAAAUAAUUGGAAAUUCCUCUUAGGAACGUUUCUGUACCAAUUCCUCUGGAUAUUUACUGAGCCUUAUGAAGAAGCGUAUCACAAGUUUGCAUUAUCAUCAGUAGAACCUAUAAGUUAUAGAGACGGCGGAGUUGUAUUUGUUAAUGUAUACGAAACCGGAAAAUUAACAUGUCCAUUCGAGCCAGGCGAUUUUCUUGAGGAAUGGUCUAAUAAGAACUUGGUUGCUACUUGUAAUAAGGUGAAUUACAAGGAAAACUCAGCGUUCAAAGUAGUAAAUGUUACAUGUCACAAACUAGAAUCUACAUUAAUAGUUAUGGUUUUAACUGCAAAACCGCCUUUGGUCUUCUUCUGUCUGACAAAGAAACAAAAGAAUGUUAUGUUCACGAUUCAGCCUUUAUACAACGAUGUUGGAAAUCUUUUUAUUUUUGAUCACCGCGACACUGUUCCUGCCGGGUCAACUUUACGAUUGAUCUGUGAAAUAGGCGAAAGCACCACUUUGAUAUGGUACUAUGGAGACGGCGCAGUACUGGCAUCGUAUGUAUAUUGUGUUGAUUCAACUAAGGACCAUACAAAAUUUCCAGGGCGUAUUUACAGUACAUGUAAUUUUAAAUUACGUAAAUCGUCUCUGACUAUCUACCCUGUCAAACCAUCUGAUGGUCGUUUUAAUAUUGUUUGCAAAACAGACGAACAUGCUAGCAUGGUUAAUAUAACGGUUUUCAGAUCUGCAGGCUUUGUUGACAUUGACGUCGGUAAUUUGGAAGCUUUUGUGAAUGAAGUUACACUUGUUGAAUGUCCUUUAGAAAAAGAAGACGAAUUAAAGUACUGGAAAAUUAAUGAUACUUUGAUUACUUGUGGGAACACAUCCAAGUCUAACUCGCAAUACUAUAUAGCCCAUGUUACGUGUAAUAAUCAAUUCUCUGAAAUUGCCAUCAAGUUUUUGACUGAAAUCAGUAAAUUAACAGUCCUCUGCAUAAGUAAGAAAAAUAAGCACAUGAAGAUCACCUUAAUAGCCAAAGAAGAUCAAUCCGGCGCCAAUGUUAUAGUUAUAGCAGCUUCAGCAAUUGGAAUGUGUCUCUUGAUUCUCUUUAUAGCUAUAAUUGCCAUCUUGAAAUUUACUGAUGGCUUAUGUUUCAAGAAAUUGAAGCUAUGCGAUGGCUACUUAAACAAAGAUCAAACCGAUGAAUAA